CAAAAAUAUUUAAUACAAUAAUUAUCAUUUUAUUUCCCUAGAAGAAUUACCAAAAGAGUUGAACCAAUCAGCAUCGAGCUCAUUUAAUCAAAAAGGAAGAAGUGGAGAAUUGAUGGAAGUAUGAGAGGGUCAGUGAUCAUUCAAUGGAAAAAUGUCUCGAGCGGAAAUGCUUUUAUUUCCACAAUAAUAAAAUAAUAUCGAGGAAAAAAAACCGAUUUAUUCAUGAUUCCCGAGAGUAAAUGGAAUGAAAAAGUGAAAGGUGAUAAUGGCUUCAGAAAGCCUUUAUGAUGAACAUUUUUCUAAUACAGCUUCACGCAGUAACAGUGGAGCAGAAGAUAAAAAGGAUCAGUUUGGUGUCUUUCGUUCUCGUAAUGGUAGAGCUAGUCCGACUCACAGUGCACAUGGAUGCCUGAUGAGGACAAGUUUACAGAAGUUGAGCCAAGAAAAGAGAGCCAAGAAGGUCCGCUUUUACAGAAAUGGCGACCGAUUCCACAAGGGUUUGGUUUACGCUCUCUCUCAUGAAAAGAUUCGUACGUUUGAAGCCCUUCUGGAGGAUCUCACUAGAGUACUCGUGGAUCAAGUAAAUCUUCCGAAAGGAGUCAGGCACAUCUAUACCAUUGAUGGUAAAGAAAAAAUAACAACAUUAGAUCAACUUCAAGAAGGAGGGAAUUAUGUUUGUUCGUCUGUAGAUCAUUUUGUUAAAAUGGAUUAUGUAAAAAAUGAGAAGCCGUUAUGGAGUCUAACUCGAAAACAUGAAGAGAAUCUUUUGUCAAAGUACGAUCCUCCCAUAGAAAAUGGAAUAAAAACACGAAAUUUCAUAAAGCCCAAACUUGUAACCAUCAUUCGCAACGGAAUAAAACCCAGAAAGGCGGUGAGAAUCUUGCUGAAUAAGAAAACCGCACAUUCAUUUGAUCAAGUUAUGAAUGAUAUUACUAGUGCUAUAAAACUGGAUACCGGAGCUGUAAGAAAAGUUUUUACUUUAAGUGGAAAGCAAGUUGUUAGUUUGUCAGAUUUUUUUGGAGAGGAAGAUAUAUUUAUUGCUUAUGGACCAGAAAAAUACUCUCACGAUGAUUUCGAUUUGGAUUCUGAAGAAUGCAAAUAUCUCACUGGCUCUUCAAGAUCAAUUUUAAACAAAAAAUUUCAGCACAUACCUGUCCCUUCUCAGUCUCCCGUUUCACGAAGAAGAGCAUCGUCGCCUGUUUUUCCAUCUGACAGUAAAAUUUAUUUUAAUAUUUUUCACUAGUUUAAACAUAAAUCCUAUUUAACUCAUUAGCUAAAUUAUUAUUCUUAAGUAAUUCUUGAUGUAAUGUUUUAAUUUGUAUAUGGAAUUUCAUACAG